AUGGGCCUCGACGCGCGCGACGCGGACGCGAGCGAGGCCCCGCACACGGGGACGACCAUCGUCGCGUGCGAAUACGCCGGCGGCGUGGUCCUCGGCGCGGACUCUCGCGUCAGCACGGGGAUAUACGUCUCGAACCGGGCGUCGGAUAAGAUGUGCGCGCUGAACGAUCGCACGAUCAUGUGUCGAUCCGGCUCCGCGGCGGACACCGAGGCGCUCGCGGGGUACGUGCGAAACAUCGUGAGUCAGCACGAGAUGGAGCUGGACGAAAUCGCGGACGUGAAAACGGUGGCGACGAUCGCGAAUCAAAUAGGGUAUCAGAACAAGGGCGCGAAUCGAGGCCGAGGGCUGAGCGCGUACACCAUCGUGGGCGGUUGGGACAAGCGCCGCGGGUCGCAGGUGUACGCGUGCACGGCGGGCGGGAACAUGAUCAAGGAGCGAUGGACCACCGACGGCAGCGGGUCGACGUAUAUUUGGGGUUUUUUAGACAGCGGGUGGCGCGAAGGGAUGACCCGGGAGGAGUGCGAGGCGUUCGUCGCCAAGGCUAUCGCCCUCGCGAUGUCCGUCGACGGUUCCUCGGGCGGUUGCAUUCGCCUCAACGCCGUCGACGCGUCGGGCAUUCACAGGACGUUCAUUCAGGGCAGCGACGUCCCACCGGUGUUGGGCGAGCUCUCGCAGCGUCGCGGUCGUCCCGAGAUCGCGCGUCACGGUCAUCAAGGCGCGUCCGGCGGUAUGAUGUUGUAA